AUGAGCCCGGAGGAGACAGAAAGGUCUCACGACGAGCAAUCCCCCCUUCUCCCAUCCGCCGCUGGCCCGUCACCCAAGCCAGCGCCCGCCGACUCCUCACCAACUCCGUCACAACUCAGGACCAUGGCCAUCCUCUCGACCCUUGCCGCCAUCUACGGCGGCACCGCCGUGGCACUUGGUGCUUUCGGCGCCCACGGACUCAAGAAGCGCAUCGCAGACCCCCAGCGCAUCCAAAACUGGGGCACUGCCGCUCAGUACCAACUCGUCCACUCCGUCGCCACGCUAGUCGUUGCGUCGCUGGCACCUCAGGCGCGGGCUCACAAAUGGGCGGGCGGACUGUUCAUCGCGGGCAUGACCAUGUUCAGCGGGAGCAUCUACCUCCUGACCAUUGACCCCCAGAGAUUCAAGGCCAUGGGCCCUGUGACGCCCCUUGGUGGACUGUGCUUCAUUGCCGGCUGGACGGCGCUGGCUAUCGGCAGCAGAGGCCGGGUGGGACUGGGCACGCUGAGUGGUCGUUAA